AUGACGGUAGCUGUGGUUGGAGGAGGAAUCAGUGGUCUAAUUUCAGCUUAUGUUUUGGCAAAAUUUGGAGUGAAAGUGGUUUUGUUUGAGAAGGAAGAUUACUUAGGAGGCCAUUUCAAAACACUUAACUUUAAUGGCAUUGAUUUGGACCUCUGCUUCAUGCUCUUCAAUUCAGUAACAUAUCCAAAUAUGAUGGAGGUUUUUGAGAAUUUAGGACUUGAAAUGGAAACAUCAAAUAUGUCCUUUUCGGUGAGUUUAAACAAAGGACGAGGCUAUGAAUGGGGCACCCGCAAUGGUUUUUCAAGCCUAUUUGCACAAAGGAAGAAUAUCUUCGAUCCAUUUUUUCUUAAUAUGCUUCGAGAAAUUAUAAAAUUUAAGGACGAUGUUAUCAAUUAUCUUGAUGUAAUGGACAAUGAAAAUUCAGAAAUUGAUCAAAAUGAAACGUUGGGACAAUUUCUCAAGUCAAGGGGGUACUCCAAAUUAUUCGAGAACAAGUAUCUUGCUCCAAUGUUUGGUUCAAUUUGGUCAUGUCCUUCAGCCAAAGUUCUCAACUUUUCAGCUUUCUCAGUUCUUUCCUUUCUUCAAAAUCAUUAUUUACUUCAGUUAUUUGGAGAACCACAGUGGAUUACUAUCAAACAACAUUCACAAUCUUAUGUAAAGAAGAUCCAAGGAGUACUUGAGAGUGGAGGUUGUGAAAUAAGAAUUAGUUCUAAAGUUGAUUCCAUCUCAACAACCAAUGAAGGCUGCAUUGUAAGUUAUGGCCCUGGUUUUCAAGAAAUAUAUGAUGCAUGUAUAAUAGCAACUCGUACUCCUGAAACUUUAAGAAUAUUGGGGAAGCAAGCAACACCAGAAGAAUUGAAAGUCCUUUCUACCUUUCAAUAUGUUCAUAGUGACAUUUAUCUUCAUAGUGACAAAGAUUUCAUGCCCCAAAACCCAAAAGCAUGGAGUGCAUGGAACUUCCUUGGAAAUUUAAACAAUAAAAUGUAUUUGACUUAUUGGCUCAAUAUGCUUCAGAAUCUUGGGCAGACAAAUCCUCCAUUUUUUGUAACUAUAAAUCCAGAAGAAAAGCCAAAACAUAUAUUGUUUCAGUGGUCAACAAGUCAUCCAAUUCCAACAGUUGAUGCUUUCAAGGCUUUAAAUGAGUUUGAUAACAUUCAAGGGAAGAGACAACUUUGGUUUUGUGGAGCAUAUCAAGGUUAUGGCUUGCAUGAGGAUGGAGUAAAGGUAAUAAUUAGCGGGAUUAUGGCAGCACAUAAUGUGUUGGGAAAAAGUUUCAAUCUUUUGAACCAACCAAAACGCAUGGUACCUUCACUAAUCGAAAGAGGAGCUCGUCUUUUCGUCAUGAGAUUUUUUGGUCGAUACAUAUCUAUUGGAUCAUUAACUAUAAUGGAAGAAGGAGGGAAAAUAUUUACCUUCAAGGGAAUACUUAGUAACAACUUACUCCAAAACGUUGUUUUAAAAGUUCACAGCCCUCAAUUUUAUUGGAAGGUAAUGACACAAGCUGACUUAGGUCUUGCAGAUGCGUAUAUCAAUGGAGAUUUUUCAUUUAGGGAUAAAGAUUGUGGUCUUCUUAACCUUAUUUUGCUUCUCAUAGCUAACAAAGAUACAAAUUCUUCUAUUACUAAACUAAGGAAGAGAAGGGGAUGGUGGUCUCCUCCACUAUUUACGGCUAUUAUUGCAUCUGCAAAGUUCUAUUUUCAACAUGCUUUAAGGAAGAACACCAUUGCACAAGCUCGUAAAAAUAUUUCUCAUCAUUAUGACUUGAGCAAUGAACUUUUUUCUCUCUUCUUGGAUGAGACAAUGAUGUAUUCAUGUGCCAUCUUUAAGGUUUGUAAAUGCAACUUUUAUGUGGAAGAUGAAGAUAUGAGGAUUGCUCAAUUGAGGAAAAUCUCUAUUCUUAUAAAAAAGGCAAGAAUCAACAAAAACCAUAAAGUUCUAGAUAUUGGGUGUGGUUGGGGAAGUCUGGCUAUUGAAAUGGUGAAGCAAACUGGAUGUCAUUGUACUGCCAUAACUUUGUCCAAAGAACAAUUAAAAUAUGUCCAAAAAAGAGCUCAAGAUCUUGGCCUUCAGGAUCACAUCGAGUUCCUUUUAUGUGACUAUCGACAAUUGCCAAGUACUAAUAAGUAUAAUAGGAUUAUAUCAUGUGAGAUGAUUGAAGCUGUUGGCCAUGAAUACAUGGAAGACUUUUUUUGUUCAUGUGAAUUAGUGUUGGCAGUAAAUGGUCUUCUUAUUCUACAGUUCAUAGCAAUGCCAGAUGAGUCCUAUGAAGAGUAUCGAGUAAGUCCUGGUUUUAUAAAAGAAUAUAUAUUCCAAGGAGGAUGUGUACCCUCAUUAAGUAGGGCCAUGGCUACUGCAUCUAAACUUAGUGUGGAGCACUUGGAAAAUAUUGGAAUUCAUUACUAUCAAACAUUGAGGUGUUGGAGAACGAAUUUCUUAAAUAGUAAAAGCAAAAUACUCGAACUUGGUUUUGAGGAAAGCUUCAUACGAACAUGGGAAUACUAUUUUGACUAUUGUGCUGCAGGUUUUAAAUCACGUAUCGUCGAAGAUUAUCAGAUUGUAUUUUCAAGACCGGGUAAUAUUGCAACAUUCAAGGAUCCAUAUGAAGAAAUACCUUCAGCAUUCAACAAGUCAUUUGAAGGAACGAUUUGA